AUGCCGCUGCACACCGCCCUCGUGUUCGCCCUUUUUCGGUCUCCUGGGAGGCCCCCGCCGCAACGGCCGCGUGCGCCUCGGAAUGCUGGUCAGAGCGCACGCCGGGAGAGGUCCUGGAGGAGCGGCAUCGGUAUUUGCUGGUUGCCCCAGCAGGUGGUUCAGCAGGGCAAGCGCUUGUCGGACGCGGCAGUCGCUGCCCUGCCCGCAUUUGCCUGCGAUGGGCCGCCAGAGCCAGAGUGGCACGCCAACGGCACCAUCGUCGGGCUUCUGAUCGACGUCGGCGGCACGAGUGGAUACUACAUGUUUCUGAUAUUGACAAUGUUUUUCGGCCUGGAGGCAAACAAGGACGAACUGCUCGCCUGCCACAUCGGUACUGGCCGCAUGCAGCUCGCAACGUGGCCCCAGGCUUGCUUGUGCGAGUACACGAAGGCGCACCUGCUGAUCUUCCCCACGCUGGCACUGUCGGUGGUGCUGGUCUUCAUGGGCCGUGACCUGCUGCAGAAGCGGCUGUACUACGGCCUGCUGCGCAGCGGGGGCGUCGUGGACUUCUCCCAGAACAAGGCCUUCAAGGACUCGCUCGUGCUGCUCUUCAUCGUGAACUACCUGCACGUGGUCAGCCACCUGGCGCUGAUGUACUGGGUGGCUCGACCGGCCUACUCGCACACGGAGGACGAUCCCUCGGUCGCCGCUCCCGGGUUCCUGCGGCACCAGGCGGACGCCAUGCGGAGGAACCUCGCCCUGGAGAGCGGGAACCUGCAUGCGCUGGGCUUCCUCUGGGGGACGGUCAUGAUACCGGGCACGCUGGUCGUCGUCUUCGUGUUCCUGGGCUACGAGAUAGAGAAAUCCCUCGUGCCACUGAGUCUGUACGUCCACGGGCUGAAUGAUUCCCAGGCGCCUGAAGCGGCGCUGCAGGGCCUGUCCGUAUUCCGAGACGCUUCUGCCAAGGCUGUCAUCGAGGACCCGUCGGGUCCCGUCGCCGCCGCCAGCGGCAGCGACCUCGACACGCAGUACAGGGCGGUCGUCGAUGCUGCGAGCCAAGUGCCCCCAUCACAGGAUCCAGGGACUUCGAGGGCCCCUCCAUCGGGCUGCGCGAGGCCCUGUGGCCCGUGGCCCUGCUGCUGCGGUCCAACACGCCGGACCGCGACGCGCGGACCUUCCGGUGGCUGUGGCUGGCCCUGGCCAGCGCCUCCAUCAGCAUGA